AGCCCGCCCUUGCUCCCACCACGAGGAGAGAGAUUUCUUGGGUUCUGGACCAGGACAAUCUACCCCAGCAUUCCUUGAUGUGACAAGUACGUACCACCUGGCUCGUCAACCUCGAGCCCUGUCCCUGCAAACCAAUGUCACUUUGACCGUCAAUCAACACCGCAAAGCCAGACAAGAACGACAAGAACCAAAAAUAGCCCUCCCAGUAAAAGCAAAAUGCUCAAUUUGGCAUUUAGGGUCCUCGCCAUUGCAGCAUGCCUUUGUGGUAUUGCGGAAUGUGCCCAUAUCAGCAAGGAGAUCCUGCGCGAUCAUGUCGACAACCCCACCUCUUCCGAGUAUCAGUCAGCGGCGACGACUUGGGGGAGGGAGUUGCGUCCGAGCCUGAAGCCCGACCCAUCGGAAGAGACAAGCCCGAGAACAGAUCACAGGCUAGUGACUGUGCUGACGAGGCUCGUCAGGGCUUUUGUGCAAAUUGUGGAAUCCACAAUGAAACGUCCAUUUCCCAGAAGCGCUGCAGCGCAUAGACUGCAGAAAUACGCUCACUGGACGGCGUCAAGGACCCAGAUCCAUCCGGCAAUUGCCUGA